AUGAAAUUCCUGGUACUUACACUCCUUGUGGCCACGGCAUUCGCCAGCCCGGCACACCGCUUUGUCCAACCCGGUGCGGCUGGCCCUGCACCCGUCAUCAUGCCGGAGGGCGAACCCAUCUCAAUCGGACCCGCUAUCGUCCACCCCGAUAUCAGCGGCGGUCCCGCCUUCGUCGAUGACUUCGAACCGAUCGCGAUCGGACCAGCAAUCAUCAAUGAUCCCAUUGCACCAGCUCCAACUAAACCUGUAGUUCAAAUUAUUAUUAAUAUAAACGAACAAGGACAAGUUGUCGGUUCUCCUGUUGUUGUGAAACCUGAGGAAGGGCCUGCACCAGUUGCUGUUGUGGAUGAUGCGGCCGAGCCCGUGAUUGUUGUUGACGCUCCUCCCGCGGUGAUCGGCAACCCGGUCAUCCCUGCGCCCGUCAUCACCCUGCCAGAGGACCUCAAUUAA